ACACUGCCGAAAGAUCAUUAUUUCCAGGUGUCGGAUACGACGCUCCGCCCCACAGGUCGAUUACGACCUACAUACAAAUCGAAAACAGAAGCCCUCACAAUACUCGACCGGACGCAGCCUACGUUCCUGAGGUCGAUUUAUGGCCGCCAGGUCCAAGAAACUAUUGAGAGUUAUUGACGGGAUCCGUUCCUGGAACGUCAGCACAACACAGUCAAAACAAGAUACGUAUUCAUCUGUGGAAAUAGAAGAAUCACUUAAGUGUGAGAACUUCCAAAUUGGAAAGGUUGCCAUUCAUGGAUUUCCUUAUCGUCCAUCAUGUAUGGCUUUCGAUCCAGUCCAAAAGAUCCUUGCCGUUGGUACUAAAACUGGGAUUAUCAGAAUUUUUGGAAGGCCUGGUGUUGAUUACGUCGUGUCCCAUCCGUCGCCUGCUGCCGUUUUACAAAUCUGGUUUCUCAUCAACGAGGGCGGUCUGAUCUCUAUCUGUGAGGAUGACAUCGCUCAUUUAUGGAGCAUACGACAAAGAAGUCCUGAACUGGUCCAUUCUCUGCAGUUCAAACGUGAACGUCUCACCUGUGGCCAUAUCCCGGUCGGAAGCGGCUGGCUGUAUCUGGGCACCGACAAAGGCAACGUGCAUUUCAUCAGUGUACAGAAUUUCAAUGCUUCUGGUUAUGUAAUAAAUUGGAACAAAGCAAUAGACAUUUCCGCUUCGGCCCAUCCUGGUCGCAUUAUCCAUAUUGCCGAGAAUCCACAAGAUUCGAACAAGUUGCUGAUUGGUUAUUCGACUGGGGUUCUGGUUUUGUGGGAUCUACGCACAAAGUCGGCCGAGUCUCGUUUCAAGCAUUUUGAUAACCUGAACGGAUUCUGCUGGCAUUGGGACGGUAAGAGUUUUAUCUCUUGCCACAAUUUUGGAUUGUUGAUCACUUGGUCUUGCAAGCAGCCGGAACGGCCCGUUUCAGUGACAUGUCCCCACGCUGGCAGCGACGCACUUCCAGAAGAUUAUGCCACGUACGAGCCAAUACACGCAGUGGAUUGGCUACCGAGUAAAACCGGGGAGCCAUUAAUUGUCUUCAGCGGUGGUUGUAAUUCUUCACAACUAGAGCCUCCUUCAGCUAACUUACGCCCCUCGGACUCGCCCGAUUUACCGACUUCGGACUCUCAACUCCUGCAUUCUGGCUGCCGCAAUCUCACGAUUAAGCGCGGCAAGCGUUCCGUCGUUUUGCAGAUGGAUUACCAAUUACUGCAGUUCGUCUCCCUUUGCUCCUCACCGUCCGUCAGUGAAUUCAUGGAUCCAUAUGCCGUCGCUGUUCUGCUCCAAAACGACUUGGUCAUGAUUGACCUGCUGUCACCGGAGUACCCUAAUUUCGAAAACCCAUACCCGAUGGAUUUGCAUAUUCCUCCCGUGACAUGUUGUUUAUACGUGGUAGACUGCCCCGCAGACUUUGUACCUGCCCUAUAUUCCGUUGGAAGUCGCAGCAACUGUUCGCGAUCCAAUACUUUUGGCACUUCAGGCAACCCAGUGGAUGUCGCGCACACGGAUAGCUUCAGCACUCGUGAAUGGCCUAUUACAGGUGGCGAGUGGGGCACCACUUAUAAUGCUUUUCCUGAAGUUAUCAUCACAGGCCACUCUGACGGAUCCGUUCGGUUUUGGGACGCUUCUCAAGUCAGCUUAACACCGCUGUACAAAGUACGCACACUUAAAUACUUUGCUGCGGGACUACGUGAUGCCAAGCACCCCGGUGACUAUGUCGGAAUCUCCACCUCCACAUGCCAAGAUGAUUUGAACCGUUUCUUUUCGCCAAACUUGCUACUCACAGAUUCAGAUCCCUACGCCAUUCGGAUCAUGCAAUUUUGCCCCCAUUCACGUCUUCUUCUCACUGCGAGUAGCGCCCACGCGUGCCUGCUACAAUUCAGUCGCCGAGAACAACAGUGCUCCAUACCGGUGAUCGACGUAAACAUGUCAUUCGACUGUUUCGAGGAUCCACUGGGCGCUCCCCCAACACCUGGGGAUGCAUUCAUGGAUGACCAGCCUGGGUCGAGCAUAGUUGGACAAACAUCCAGGGAACAGGUCACCUUGUCCAGUCCCCUUCCUCGGCCUAGUGGCAGCGCCAGUUCUGGACAAUCGACCUCUUCGCCAGAUCGGGAGCUAUAUGUCUUCCUUCCGAUAAGUCCUGAUGUUUCGGUUUGGCCUCCUGGCUAUCAACCCGCACUGGUCUGUCGCUUAGGAAUUCCGGCAAUAAACCUGGAUUCAUUGAGUUCCACAGGUUUUGGACCAGCCAAUGACCCAACAGUCGUCCCCCCCAUGCCAAUUACUGCCAUUGCUUUGAAUUCUGGUUACGGGUUAUUGGCCAUCGGUAGUGAAUGCGGCUUCACGCUUCUGGAUUACGUUGCUCAGGUUUGUCUGCUAUCCACUACGACCGCCGAUCUAUCAGGGCUCUGUGACUUCCUUCCGCGGGUCUCUAAUCGAUCAGCUGGCCGCUCUUCAGCUAAUCCUUUUGGUGAUUUGAAGCUAUCCGACCAGCAUCAAUAUUUACAACCAAUAGUCUCUUGCGCUCAGCCUUUAAAGAUAAGUGUUGAAUCUGGGGUGGUUAACGCAGCGGAAGUCCCCACUUCGUCAUCCGAACAGACCACCAUACAUGAGCCAGAGAGAGCACUGCCCUUGAGUGCUCAAAUUACUGGGCAAGAAAGUGACGCACCUUCCGCUUUGUGUUGUUGCGAAUGGGCUUCCGUUUGUCCAAAUCGGUCCGAUCCUCCUACCGGCAUAGCGAAUGCCCCCGUACGCGAUCCGCCGGCUGGUCAUACACUGAUUUCGAGUCCCAAAUCUCGACAAAUUUCCACGCCUACAAGUACACACGCAAAUGCCGCUCCUCAGGAAAAUGCUUUACCACUUGGCUUAGUACUGCAAUCGAAAGCGAACUCACAUCACCUUCCUUUCACCUUAUCUACCGGUCAUCUAGCUUCAACAGGAUCGUCCAAAUUCGAACUCCCAGUAAUCACUAUAACUGACCUCAAAGUUAUCUCAUCGGAGCGUUCUGACCGUCAAUUUUUAGUGAACGCGACGGGCAGCACACGACUAGUUGAAAGUUUCCAGCAUCUGCGAAUAUUGAGCCCCCUUGCUGCCGCUUUGAUGCGAGCUUGUUCCGGCAUCAGUGUGUUAAGCGACUUACCUCCCAAUCCUCCAGAAAAGUGUGGGGAAUCCGGACUUGGUUCUCAGUCAUGCAGUCUAAGCACCAGUACCAGUUCAUUGGAACAAAUGGGCAUUGAGGGGAUCCGCUGCAUCGUGUUUGCUGAUUCCUAUGCCCGCAAAGGCGAUUAUAAUUGCGGACCUUGUGUGUGGAUAGGCACCACACGCGGUAAUACGAUCGUAUUCAGCUUAGGCGCACUCGAAACGCGAUCCACCCACUUGACAUAUACCCUCUCUCCAAUAGGUUCAAUCUUCCGGCUUAUGGGUGAAAUAGUGCUCGUGACUUUCCUGGAUAUGAGCGGCGAUCCAACAACCACUCCUUACAGUAACUGGAACGAUUCUCUGCGCGUUGGUGAUACUGUACGCAAUGCUGGUGGUCUUCCGGCAAAGUACACUCAUGUUCCUAAUGUAUCUGACUCUCAAGAGGCAGAUACCACACCUGUCGGUUUACGUCAGGGAGACGGUUCUACGGCUGCUCGUCGCCUUGGAAUGAACAGCACAUCAAGGUUCUUCAGAGAACGACAUAUUCCCUCUUCAACUGCACGUACCUGCUCCUCGGUCACAUCCUCGUCCCCCUCAACGAGUGGUGACUCCAAUGCAACACACCCAAGUUAUUUGCCUGCGGUUUCAGGUACGGUAGAUGCGGACAAGCAGUUACUCGUGUUGUGUUCCGAAAAACAAGCCCGUGUGGUAGCUCUUCCUUCGCAAAUUUGCCUCUAUGCGAUCAAAAUAACCGAAACUAGCCAAGUUGUGCGAGCCAGCGUCCAACGCUUCCGUUCGUCAUCCUCAACUGCUGACGCGUACGGGUCGACCACAUUCCUCGCCGUCUAUCUUGCCAAUGGGCACUUCCUUGCAUUUUCAUUACCCAGUCUCAGAAUGCUAAUGGACGUGGACUACCUUCCAUACACAGAUUCUGUGGCCAAUUCCUUUACUUUUGGCCAAUACGGUCUGGCAGCCUACAUGACAUCUCCAUCGGAAUUGUUAAAGAUUACCUGGUCUACUGAUAUGUGCGCUAAUUUGAAGGACAUGCAAGGCGAAUUGUUUCUCCCGCGCGACAUGCCAGAACCUCCAAAGAAAAGCUUUUUCAAGAACUUACUAACUGGAAACUCAUCUUCACUGGAUCGUGAUGUGUUGUUCGGUCAGCCAACAUCGGGAAAAAGCAUGCCGGGAACAAGCGUUCUCCUAUCGAGCUCUCGGAUGGAGAAAGUUGGAAGUCAAGCAAGCGGCUCCGCAUCUGAAAUUGCCCGAGCUCGCAACGCGGCUAUUGAACGCGGUGAGAAACUGCAGCAACUGGAUCUGCAGACGCAGGAGAUGAGCGAUCAAGCCAGAGGCUUCGGAAGAUCUGCUGCCCUUCUUGCUGCCAAAUACGAGAGAAAAGAUAAACGUUGGGGUUGGCCCCUUUGAUUGCGAUCCAAGCUAUCUGUAUUUCACAUUACGCUCACCAGAAACCUUCCGUUCUUUGGCGUUGUACUUAACCCACGGCGCGUUUCCUUUGCAAACUCGAGCUACUUCAAGAGUUUGUCUUCACGUUCUUUACCACACUCCGCGCACUACGUGUGCUUUUAGCAAUCACCGUUCCCUUUUUCGGUGAGUUGGAUGCCCCUUUGUCUACUAAUCCACAGAAUUUUGUUGAUGUUUUGCUGGGCCUGGAGAGAAUGCUUAUCUUCUGCCUAUUUCAUCUUGGACAUCUGGUUGCACCCAUUCUUCCUGUUUACCUGCGUCGUCACUGUUUGCAGAUUUGGUAUCAAUUUCUUACGUCUAGCACCAUCCUUUGCACUAUAUGCCAUUUUCACACUCCAGUCCACCACUUUGUUUAUUAAACGGACGUUGAUUGCAAUCCAUGUCACAUUCUACUCGAUUGAUGACAUCCACUUCCUACCGGUAUUUCUCUUUUUCUAUUGGCCCACUACUCUUUGUUUAUUUAUCCCCAAAACACUUUUGAAUCGAUGCACCGUUUGGCAGCUGUUUCUUAUCGCAUAAGAUUGUUUUGUCAGGCAGCAUAAUAUGCAGACCACCGUGUUUUUCAUCACUACUUCUUCUUGAGAACUGAGCCACUCUUUUCACUUGCUGUCAUUCUCUGACCACUCCCAUUCAUCAUUCCACAGUCGCUACGCAUCCACCCGUUUUUAUAACUCAUCGGCAUCUUUUACGGGCACCUGUGUCAGCUGUCAUGAAUCGCACUGGUUGCUGGG